AUGUCCACGAUGUCAACGAUCAGCAAAGGUCUAUCAGGUUUAUUUGGGGAAAAACUUGAAUUACAUCAUUUUCCAUCGGAUGUUCAACAUUUAUCAAUUUUCAUAACAUCACUGUUUUUAGAUGAUAAAGUUAUAUUAAUUCCUGAUCCUUAUCGUUUCAGUGAAGUUAAUCGAGAAGCAUUUGUUGAUCAACAAGAAUGGUCAUUAUAUGAACAUGUCGACACUGAACAAAGAUAUAUUAAAGAUUUUCUUUUUCGAAUUGAUGAUGAUGAUGAAGAUGAUGGUCGACAAAUGAAAGAAAUAAGUAAUAAAGAAGAUCGAAAACGUUCAGUUUUAACAGUCACUUGUCAUACUGAUUUGUAUUUAAAAGAAAAACAAAAUGAAUAA